GGUUUGGGUUUUAUUUACCAAACAAUCGCUCAGUUGUCACAAGAAGUUGAAGACACCGCGGAUCACACCAUCAGUUUGUCGCGCAUUAUAAGCCACUCCUAAGCCGAUUAUAAGCCAAUCCUAACCCCAAGAGUCACUCGCGAGGACACCUCCGAUGUCACGAUCGGCGCGACUAGAAGUGGGACAACGGGUUGAGUACAACUCGGGCUCCAAGAAACUGUUGGGACGUCUGGCGUACGGACCAAAUGGUUUCCACGUGAAGCCCAAUGAGCACGACUGGUGUGGUGUCGUAUUGGAUCAGCCGGAGGGCAAGAACAACGGCACCAUUCAGGGCAGACAGUACUUCCAGUGCAAAGACAACUACGGCAUCUUCGUGAGGGCCAACUGUCUGAAGGCCGUCCACGAGUCGCGCAUACCGUCCAAUAGAUCCCAGUCGUCGACGCCCGCGACGACACCGAAGUCGAUGACGCCGUCGACGAGUCAGACGUCGAUCGCCGGUCUGUCGGCGGAGUCGACGCCCGAGAAGAGGGAAGACGUGAAACAAAUGGUCGAACGCUUUAAGACGAAGCAAGAGAUUAAUGUCACCGAAAAUAUUGAGCAAAAUUUGGUCCAUAAAAGGACGGAAGCGUUGGGUUCGCCGGAAGUGUCGCACAAUAUAGAGAUGGAGGCGCUGAGAGAGAAAGUGAAGGAUUUGGAGUCAAAGUUAGACACAAUUCGUGUGCGAAGAGCUCAGGACAAGGAGAAGCUGAAGGACUACGAGAGAGUGCGGAUACAGAGCGAGCAGUUGCACGAAAACAAGCGACAGAUGAGUGAAAAGAUCGCCGAACUCUCGAAACUGAAGGCUUUGGCCGAAAAGGAGGCCAAAGAGGCGCGAGAGGAGCAACUGAGACACGCGGAGGAGAUGAAGGAUUUGGUGGAAACGGCAGAGAUUGCGGUCAUCGACAAGGAGAUGACGGAGAAUAAGUUCGAGCAGUGUUUGGCUGAAUUGGAACAGACGAAGGAGAGGUUAGAAGAGGUGACACUCGAUCUCGAGAUCAUUAAGAGUGAGAUCGAGGAGAAGGGCGCCGAUGGGGCCGUCAGUAGCUAUCAGUUGAAGCAAUUGGAGCAACAGAACGAACGCCUUAAGGACGCGCUGUUGAAGUUGAGGGACAUCUCAGCGCAAGACAAGAAUGAUUUGCAGACAUUGCAGAAGGAGUUCGAGAAGAGUCAGUCCGAGGGCUCGGAAGUGCAGAAAAUCAAAGACAAAUUGAGUGCAGAGGUCCAGGAAUACGAGGAACAGAUGGCUGACCUGAAAGAACAAAUAGACUCCGCGUUGGGAUCACAGGAAAUGGUGGAAAAGUUGACGGAAACUAAUCUAAGACUUGAGGACAAAAUGGCUGAAAUGCAAGAAGCGCUCGACGAUGAAGAGAACAUCAGAGACCUAAACAACCAGUUGAUUGAGGCUAAGGAGGAACAGGUGAUGGAGUUGAGGGAGGAGUUAGAUAUGGCGCACUCGAAGAUCAGUAACCUUAGGCACGAAUACUCGGCAAUACAGGAGACACUCGCAGACUAUGAGAGCACUAUUAAGAAGUUUAGGGAUUUGGUCUCAACUCUCAGGCAAGAGAUACACGAAUUGCAAACAAAGUCCGAUUCGACGAAAACACAACAAAUUGAACAAAAAGUGGAAAACUUUGAGUUCAAGACUAGACUAUCGGACAGAAAAGCGUUCACUCGGGCUAUAGACAUGGAGUUGCGGCACCUGGAGGUGGACCAGUGCCAAAAACACAUUGCCUUCCUAUCGAAGUUCAUGCCCGACAUGUUCUUCAAUCGCGGCGGAGAUCACGACGCCAUACAAGUCCUCCUAUUUUUGCCCCGAAUUAUCAAAAAGUGUGAAAUCAUUGAGAGACAAGUGUUGGAUAAAUAUCAGUCACUCGACAUCAAAGAGAUUACUAAACAGAGUAUAAUUGAAUCGCAUGACAGCGUUAGGCAACAAGUGUUUACCCGACAGCUCUUGUAUAACCUGUUGUCCAUUCAGUCAGUUUUGGGUAAUUAUACGGAAUCGUUGAAGACUAGUGAUAGUGAACUGUUCCUCAAAGUGGGCGCACUCUUCCCUGAACUGGUAGUCCACGAGAGGACUAUUGACCACUACAUGGAUUUACUCAAAAACGACAAAUUGGAUGAGACGGUAGUGAUUGAGUCGCUGGAGAAGUCGUUGCAUUAUUUCCAAUCCCUUUAUAACAUCCAUUUGGCCGACAGAAGGGCUUACGAUCACAACAAACUCGUCACUGAUUUUGUCACUAUUAUGAAGAGCGCUUCCGAUGCCAUUCAUCUGGACUUAACUAUUAUUGAUGGCGUUUGCAGUGAAUGUGAUAUUUUGAAGACAGUGUCCACUUGUGUGGAAGACAUCGAUCAGUUCUGUAAGAAAAUCAAACGAAGGCUUUCAUCGGAAACAAAGUUAUCGCUCGAGUCGUCCAUCGAGAACGAGAUCUUUGACUGCAUUGCAAUCGUCGGGCGAGUUAUUAAUGCGCUGAAAGUGAUCAGAAUUAAUGUCAUGAGUCUUAAGAAGGAAUGCGAUUCAAAGAAGUUGGAAGCGUUGGCCAAAGAUGUGGGCGGAAUCAAGUUCGUCAACGAUUGCCUUCAGUCGGUUAUGACUAUUUGCUGCCAAUUCUCCACUGCUUUGCAACAGGGCGAUUACGACGAGACGAAAGCUCCCGAACCCCGGGAUACUCAGAGCGCUAUUGAUUUGAGAGCACAGGUAUGGAAAGCGCAAACAGAAGAGAUCAAUGAACUGAAAGGUCGACUCGACUCGCGUGAGACUGAGACCAAUGAAUUGAAACGAGCGCUGAAGUCAAAGAUGGAAGAGUUGAGUGAAAUGCAAAUCAGACGAGAUUUGGCCGAAAAGAAGUUAUCGAACGCUACGAAAGACGCCGACGAGAGAGUGGUUCGCUUGCAGAACGAGUUGGAUGUCUGCCAUAAGGAGUUCAAAGAGAAGGAGAUCGAGAGGGAGAAGACGUUAAAUAAAUACAAUCAAGAGAUCAAUGAUUUGUAUUCGAAUCAGAGGAUAAUGAAAGAGAAACUCAAGGAUUACUCGAAAUCGGAUUUAAUCGGAAAGAUAAUGACUUCGAAGACCAGUACUAACGAGUCGGCGCUUAUAUCGCAGAUCAGAGACUUGAGGUAUGCGCUCAAGAAGACAAUGGAUGACAACUAUUAUCUGCAGAUAAAAAUCGCUGAAAGAGACCUAAAUCUGAAGCCAUUGCCGAAAAUGGAUAAAUGCAAACCUCUUUGGCUGCUGAGAGCACAGGGAAGGGAGGCUGAGAUCGAUCCCAAACAGGAGAAAAUGAUUCAUUUGAUGAAACACGUGAAUCAACUGAAGAAUGAUAUCCGGCUUUCGAUGAUUACGGAAUCGGUUUGGGAUUUCAAACUUCCCAUUAAGGCACAGAUUAGGGAACAGGAGUUAAAACGAUUGGACUUCAUCGCUAGGUAUGACAAACUGGAGCGAGAGAUCAGAGACUUCAUUCAAACCUAUGGCGAUGGCUUCCAGUCGGGCGCCCACUUCACGUCAUUCCCAGCGCCGCACAUAUCGAAGUGUUUGAAUGAAAAGACAGCAAAAUUAGCGGCUGUGCUGUCGGUGCCGUCGAAUAAGUCGGAUGAGGUGUCUCUGGAAGUCACUUAUGAACAGCUGAAAGAAUUGCAUCGAAAACUACUUUGAGAUAACAAUUCUGCCCUUUUUAUUGUCAUAUAAUCCCAGUUACUGUAUAAAACAUUUUUGUUUUAUUUAUAAAAGUUCUAAAUAGUAUUUAUUUAUCGG